AUGCAUUCUCUUCUCGUCCUCGCAUCUCUCCUCACCCUGACUUCAGCGGCGCAGGAAUAUUUUUCCGAAACCUGCAAGGACGUACUCCUCGGGGCCUCCACCGGAAUCCUAACAGCGACUUGCAAUGAUAAACAGCAAAAGCCAAAAGCCGCAGCUCUCGAUCUGAACAAAAUCAUUGGAGUUCAGACCGACCCCCUUUCGCUUAUUUUCACAAAUCCAUACAACGGACCAAAACCUGGCUUUACUCCGUUCUGUUCCGGAUGUGUGUUGACAAAGAAGCCUCAUCCAAUUUACGGCGGUCCCGUCACCUGGAUGAACUGUCGUUGUGGAAGUCCAAGUGUUACUCUGGAGAGCAAUCUUGACGAAAAUAUUGGAAACGAUGACGGCGUCCUGAAGAGCCUCUUUAGUGAUUACAAAGGUUGA